CGGGGACUGGGGAGAGGGGCGUCAGAAAUCAGCAUCAUCAGUUUCACAGAUCCAGAGGGAAAGGCGCGUACGCUAUCUGGAGUUUCAGGCUUUGAGCAAUGAUGAAGUUAAAUUGAAUGUCCUCGGCUAAUCGCCGCAGUCCACAAGAGAGGGAGAUAGAGCGAGAGAGUAGUUCAGGCACCCAAGUGUAUGCCAUCCGGUCGCUGUGACGCUCCCUUUCUCCUGGUGAUCCUUUUCCCGGUUGUUUCUUUUAGUUGGUAUCCAUUAAUCCUAAGACGUCGAGGUUAUAUUGAGGAAUAAUUGCUUUAGGGAGGAGGGUCGUGGACCUCGUGGUGCUUUCUUGUUGAUUUUCGCGGAAGCUUGAGUUUGGUUUCUGCUGAUGUUUCGUUUCGGAGGGGCAGGGGAAGAGCUUAUGGUUUCUGAUACUCUUUAGAAGCGUCUUUGUUAGCCUUGGUGUUUCUGGGUUUUGAUUUUUAGGUGCAGUGAACGUUUUCUCUUUUCACAUGUGAGUGGUCUUUGGGCAUGUGGUUGAUUAUUUCUGGAGUUCCGUCUAUCGGAAUGAUCCUUGGUGGAUGGUGACCAGGGGGGAACGUAUCCAUCCAUUCUGGGAGUUCAUUCUGAAUGUUAUCGAUGACGAAGAGGGGGAAGACGGAUUCGCAGGCUCCGAAGAGGUUGAAAUCGUCUCACAUUUUGGUGGCCUUGGGCGUAUUGUACUUGGUCUUCGUCUCGCUCAAGUUCCACCGCUUCCUUGAGGUUGCUUCGACGUUGAGCGCAGAUGGUUUAGCUGGAUCAUAUUGGUCGGCGAGUGUAGGAUCUGAGGACGAUGACCAUAGCACGUCUGUCUUCCAUUCGAUUCACGAGGAUAGCUUUCACAGGAAGUUGGAAGAUAGCCAGCGUGAGAACGUCCCACAGAGGCCUCGGAUGCAGCCGCUUAAGGUAUUGGGAGAAGGGAUGCAACACACCAUGACGCUCCAACACAGAUACGGCAGGAUAUCGUCGGAGAUCAUGAAGGGGAUGAACGAAACCAGUAAUUGGUCUGAGCUGGAGAGGAUGGCUAACGAUGCAUGGGCGAUUGGGCUUAAGGCAUGGGAAGAAACUGAAAGGUUUUCACUUGAGGGACUCAAUUGGACGAUAGAUCAAGAGAACAGCCGGAAGCCUGAAUCUUGUCCGUCUUCUAUAUCAUUGGACAAAGAUGAAUGGGAAAGAGCAAACAAUGUCAUGCUUCUUCCUUGCGGUUUGGCUGCUGGUUCCUCUAUAACUGUAGUUGGAAGGCCUCAUCUCGCUCAUGAGGAACUUGUUGCCCUGGAAGGCACAGCUAAUGGAGUGUCCUCUGUUUUAGUUUCUCAGUUUAUGCUUGAAUUAAGAGGAUUGAGGGCUGUUGACGGUGAGGACCCUCCGCGAAUUUUGCACUUGAAUCCUAGACUGAAAGGGGAUUGGAGCAAAGUCCCUGUAAUUGAGCACAACACAUGCUACAGAAUGCAGUGGGGAACUGCCCAAAGGUGUGAUGGAUUGCAAUCAAAAGAAAAUGAUGACACUAUUGAUGGAUUUCCCAAGUGUGAGAAAUGGAUACGGAAUGAUAUCUCAUCCUUCGACUCAAAAGAGUCAAAGACAACCUGGUGGUUGAAACGAUUCAUAGGGCGUGCUAAGAAGCCAGCAAUGACUUGGCCUUUUCCUUUUGUUGAAGAUAGACUGUUUGUGUUAACUGUGCGUGCUGGGAUGGAAGGAUACCAUAUUAAUGUUGGUGGAAGGCAUGUGACUUCUUUCCCGUAUAGGACGGGGUUUGCUCUAGAAGAUGCAACUGGACUUGCAAUCAAUGGUGAUGUGGACGUGCAUUCAAUUUAUGCUACCUCUCUUCCUAUCUCUCAUCCAAGUUUCUCUCUACAGCAAGUGUUGGAAAUGUCAGAGAAGUGGAAAACUCCUCCUCUGCAUAGAACUUCUGUCCAUCUUUGUAUUGGAAUACUGUCUGCUACAAACCAUUUUGCAGAACGUAUGGCUAUAAGAAAAACUUGGAUGCAAUAUGAAGCCAUAAGGUCAUCUCGUGUUGUUGCACGUUUCUUUGUUGCAUUGAAUGGAAGGAAAGAGGUCAAUGCAUUGCUGAAGAUGGAAGCAGAGUAUUUUGGCGAUGUGGUGAUUCUUCCUUUCAUAGACCGCUAUGAGCUUGUGGUACUGAAAACUGUAGCCAUCUGUGAGUAUGGGGUGCACAACUUGUCUUCUGAAUACAUUAUGAAGUGUGACGAUGAUACCUUUGUGAGGGUGGAUACUGUAUUAAAGGAAAUCAAGAGCAUAUCUUCCAAGAGGCCACUCUACAUGGGAAACUUGAAUCUCUUCCACAAGCCUCUCCGUGUAGGAAAAUGGGCAGUUACUUUUGAGGAAUGGCCAGAAGAAGUAUAUCCACCCUAUGCGAAUGGACCUGGUUACAUAAUUUCAGGAGACAUUGCCAGAUUUGUUGUUUCUCGUCAUACCAACCGAAGUCUACGGUUGUUCAAGAUGGAGGAUGUCAGCAUGGGUUUGUGGGUUCAGGACUUCAACAGCUCAUCUAAUGUUCAAUAUUCCCACAACUGGAAGUUCUGUCAGUAUGGAUGCAUGGAGGACUAUUAUACGGCUCAUUAUCAAUCUCCUAGGCAGAUGAUCUGUCUGUGGGAUAAGUUGCAGAGAGGCAGAGCAAGGUGCUGCAACUUUAGAUGACAAUUGAACGUGGAAGAAUUUGCUCCUUGUGCACCACCAAGUGCUCUUCUAUUUAAACGUUCUGUCUGUGCCAUUAUUUUUUGCCUUUCCCCGUCUAUAUGGUCCAUCAACUUCAUCGGCACAGAAAGGUGUGCUUGUCUUCAUCUCUUCUACAGCCAGCUAACCAGGAGAAAUUUUCGGUUGUAAAGUAUAAAAUAUGUCAAUUCGUGAAUAUCCAUAUAUGCAGCCACUGAACUGCUGGUACGUUAUGUCAUGAUUGGUAAUGAUCAUUUUGGUCCAUUAUAUGUUUCA